GAUUAAGAGAAAACGAGGAUCUCUCUUCUCUAUUCAGAAAUCAGAAUUCACUGUUGGCGGUGGAAUCACCUCCCAGUUCCAUCCUCUGUUGUCUCCCUGUUCUCUUCACGAACAUCUGACGAGACUUUGGUUUUCGAAUCGUAAUUUAGUUGAAAUGAAUCUAUCGACGAUGCAUUGAUCUGCUAUCGGCGAAUAACCGUUGACCAAAUGGACGUGGAGAAAUCAUCCCUCUGCAACUGUGUCGUGAAUUUCCUCCUCGAAGAGAACUAUUUUCUGACUGCGUUUGAGUUAUUUCACGAGCUACUCGAUGACGGUCGAGAUGCGCAGGCUAUCAGGCUCAAAGAGUUCUUUGCUGAUACCUCUCAGUUCCCGCCAGAUCAGAUCUCUCGUUUCAAUACUCUCCGAGUUGCAGACCCUCAAAGUUUACUAGAAGAGAAAGAAGCACUAGAAGAAAAAUUGGCACUCAGUGAAUAUGAACUACGUUUAGCAGAAGAGGAUAAUUUAAGAUUGAAGACAGAACUGAAAAAGAGAGCUGAAUCAUCUCCAGAUGAUUUGAGCGGGUCCAAUAUAGAUGUUUCUGUGGAAGAUGGGCCUACUUUGCAACAGGGAAAGAGGAAUACUUCCUUUUCUGAUUUAGGCCCUUUGAAGGAAAGUGAGCGUAAAGAUCUUAAUUGUGCUAUAAAGGAAUAUUUGCUUCUAGCGGGAUAUCGGCUUACUGCCAUGACAUUUUAUGAAGAGGUUACAGACCAAGACCUUGAUGUUUGGCAGAACACGCCUGCUUGUGUAUCAGAUGCUUUACGCCAUUAUUAUUAUCAAUUCCUUUCAUCCACUGCAGAGGCAGCUGAGGAGAAAAUCUCUCUUAUUCGAGAAAAUGAGUCAUUGCUCAAAACAAAUGAAAAGCUGAAUUCUGAAAAAGAAUCCUUGCUGAAAAGCAAGGAUGUGGCCGACGGUCAAAUAAUGGCAUUAACAAAGUCAUUGGAAGCUCUCCAGAAGGACCUUAAGGACAGGGAGAUUCUGAUUCAUGACUUAAAGAAAUCUCUGGAGCUUCAAAGAAAGGAACUUAAUGACUGCAGAGCUGAAAUUACUUCACUGAAAAUGCACAUUGAAGGAUCUCGAUCUAGUAGACGUUGGGAAUCUGCAGAUUUUGACCACUUACAAUCCCAGUCAGAGAACUAUCAGGCAGAAAUAAAAUCUUUGCAGAUGGAAAUAGAGAUCUUAAAAGCAAAGAGCCCUGUUACUGAAAAUCCUGUAGAGUCUAACAAUUGUCAGAAAGAGUAUACGCAGACGGAAGAAAAGGUUGUUGAGAUCCAUGAAGAUAGGGCUGUAUCGUCUCACCCUAUAGACUUGGCAUCUGGCGUCUCAGAUGUUGAAGAUGGUGAACGUCAGCGAAUUCAGACUCAUGAAGAAAAAGCAGCUCAGCCUCAGGAAAUUUCACACGAGACACUAGAAGUUUCUUCAAAUGGUAACUGUUCAGUUGAAAAUGAUGAGAAUAUCUUCAAACAUGAUUCUGAAUCAGCACCAGAAGAUGGUAGGAUCAUCAUUAAAUUAAAUAACCAAAGAAGGGAGCCUGUUUCUGAAAAUAUGGGUUUGGAAACUAUUCAGAUCCUUUCAGAUGCCUUGCCUAAAAUUGUACCUUAUGUUUUGAUCAACCAUCGUGAGGAACUCCUUCCUCUAAUAAUGUGUGCAAUUGAGCGCCAUCCAGACAGCAGCACACGCGAUUCCUUGACACAUACUCUUUUUAAUUUAAUUAAACGGCCAGAUGAACAGCAGAGACGAAUUAUAAUGGAUGCCUGUGUUAGCCUGGCUAAGAAUGUAGGACAGAUGAGAACUGAAUCAGAACUGCUUCCACAGUGCUGGGAACAAAUAAAUCACAUGUAUGAGGAGCGGAGGCUGCUUGUUGCUCAAUCAUGUGGGGAGCUUGCAGAAUUUGUUCGACCUGAGAUUCGUGAUUCUCUCAUUUUGUCCAUUGUGCAACAACUGGUUGAGGAUUCUACAACAGUCGUCCGAGAGGCUGCUGCUCAUAACCUGGCAUUGCUGCUUCCACUCUUUCCGAAUAUGGACAAAUAUUUCAAGGUUGAGGAGUUGAUGUUCCAACUGGUCUGCGAUCCAUCGGGCGUGGUUGUCGAAACUUCACUCAAACAAUUAGUUCCAGCAGUAAUAAAUUGGGGAAACAAAUUGGACCAUAUCCUACGAGUUUUACUUUCUCAUAUUGUUGGCUGUGCUCAGCGUUGUCCUCCUGUUUCGGGGGUUGAAGGUUCUGUGGAGUCGCAUCUUCGUGUUUUAGGUGAACGUGAGCGCUGGAAUGUUGAUGUUUUAUUGCGUAUGCUGACAGAGAUGCUUCCAUUAGUGCACCAGAAAGCAAUUAAGACAUGCACAUUUCCUUCUGUAAUGGAUCCUCCUGCAAUUUCAGAAUCAGGGAGUGCAUUUUUCUCCACUUCCUUGCUUGAACUGUACGCAGGGGGAAGUGUAGAGUGGCCUGCAUUUGAUUGGCUGCACGUUGACUGUUUGCCAGUUCUGAUUCAACUGGCUUGCUUAUUACCUCAAAAGGAAGAUAAUCUUAGAAAUCGGAUGACAAAGUUUUUGUUGGCUGUAUCCGAACAUUUUGGGGAUCAUUAUUUGACACACGUAAUGUUGCCUGUUUUCUCGGUAGCAGUUGGGGAUACUUAUGAUUUAAAAAGUUUGCCCCUUGCUGUCCAGUCCAGAAUCAAAGGUUUACGACCUAAAACUGUGGUGGCUGAGAGGCUUGCGACAAUGUGUGUCCUUCCACUUCUCUUGGCGGGUAUUCUGGGUGCUCCUGGCAGGCAUGAGCAAUUAGCAGAAUACCUAAGAAAACUCUUAGUUCAGGGCAUAAUGAAGGAGGAUCAGCCCAUAAAUUCUAAUGCCGAGAUCAUUAAUGCAGUUUGCUUCGUAUGCACAUUUGAAGAACAUAAUGGCAUAGUUUUCAAUAUUUUAUGGGAAAUGGUUGUCAAUGCCAAUGUAAAUAUGAAGAUCAGUGCUGCCAAUCUACUGAAAGUCCUUGUUCCAUAUAUUGAUGCAAAACUUGCAUCAACUCAUGUUUUGCCUGCCCUUAUCACUCUUGGGUCUGAUCAGAAUCUCAAUGUAAAGUAUGCAAGUAUAAAUGCUUUUGGAUCUGUAGCCCAGCAUUUCAAAAGUGACAUGAUUAUCGACAAGAUACGUGUUCAGAUGGAUUCGUUUCUGGAGGAUGGAUCCCAUGAAGCUACAAUUGCUGUUGUUCGUGCAUUGGUGGUGGCUGUACCUCAUACAACAGACAGACUACGUGAUUAUCUUUUAUCUAAGAUAUUCCAACUUUCAACCCUGCCAACAUCUGGAAGUGAUGUGAUGCGACGCCGUGAGAGGGUUAAUGCUUUUUGUGAAUCUAUCCGUGCUCUAGAUGCUACAGAUCUUCCUGCAGCUAGUGUACGAGAUCUCCUUCUCCCAGCAAUACAAAACCUGUUAAAAGACCCAGAUUCACUUGAUCCAGCACAUAAAGAAGCCCUUGAAAUUAUAAUGAGGGAAAGAUCAGGAGGAACUUUUGAAGCAUUCAGUAAGGUGAUGGGUGCCCAUCUUGGCAUUGCUUCCUCAGUGAGCAGUUUCUUUGGUGAAGGGGGGUUGCUUGGAAAGAAAGAGAGUGGAGAUCCACCAGAACCAGUUGAAUCUCCAAAGGCUGCUCCACAAACACCAGUAGAGGAUACAAGGUUCAGGGGAAUCAUGAGGGGAAGUUUCACUGACAUGCUUAUGGGAAAAGCCAAGAGUAAUGAAGAAGCUGCCCAUAGGCAGUCAAACUAGAAUUUACCAUACCUUUGAGUUACUGUAGCAUGUUUUC